AUGGCACCAACGACGCUUUCGGACGGCUCUACUAUACUUUCCCAAGGCUUGAAAUUAGUACUUGGACAUCCAUGGCUCGUGCUGAUUGCCUUCGUGUUCUCGCGUCUGGUGUGGAACAAGUUUCAACCUCAUGUGUGGAAGAUUCCUGGUCCAACAGCAUCUGCCUACACCAAGUUCUGGCGAGUGUACGAUGUCUGGAAGGGACAAGCCCAUCUAACAGCCAUUGAUCUACACAAGAAAUAUGGCCCACUCGUUCGCGUUGCUCCUAAUCACGUCUCGGUUUCUGAUCCCUCCUAUAUUCCGGUAUUCUACAAUAUCAAAGAGAAUUAUACUAAGACGGGGUUCUAUCCGAUCCAAAGUAUCUCCUGGAAGAAACAGCCAGAGAUGAAUCUCUUCUCCACCAGGGAUCCAUCCUACCACCGAGUCGAGAAGCGGAAGGUCGGAGCAGCUUACUCUCUGCCCAACUUGCUCGAAUCCGAAUCAGCGAUUGACUCCUGCAUUACCCUGUUCAUGGACCGUCUCAAUGAGUUUGCCAGUCAGCAAAAACCGGUCGAUCUAGGAGCCUGGCUCCAAUACUUUGCAUUUGAUGUUGUGGGAGAGGUUACCUUCGCCAGCAAGCUCGGUUUCCUGGAGCGAGGCACAGAUGUUGAUGGAAUGAUGAAAGCUAUUGAGGGAAUGCUCACCUAUGCAUCUCUUUGUGGACAGGUACCUGAGUAUCACAAAUAUCUUCUUGGUAAUCCGCUUUUCUCAAUGCUCAUGCCUGCAAUGGAGACAUGGAAUCAGGUUUUAGUUUUUACCCUGAAAGCUAUCAAUGGUCGAGCAUCCAUCAAGCGUGACGGCGAGCUAAUCAAUGCGGAUUCUGGUGGAAGAGACAUGCUCUCUCGCUGGGCGUACGUGAAGUCUUCAGACCCGCUGAAGAUGAGCACCCGUGACAUCAUUGUACACCUUUCGACUAAUGUCUUUGCAGGUUCUGAUACAACUGCUAUCGCCCUUCGUGCCGUGAUUUACUACCUCUGUCGCAAUCCUAGAAUAAUGACCAAGGUUGUAGAAGAGAUUGACGCAGCGGGUAAGGAGAGUCAAUUGAGUACUCCAGUCUCCUACAAAGAGUCCACGACUUCACUGCCCUACUUUAACGCCGUUCUCAAGGAAGCCAUGAGAAUUCAUCCGUCGGUCGGAUUUCUUAUGGAGCGACAUGUACCGCCUGAGGGUGUUGAGAUCAGCAGUCAAUUCAUUCCAGGCGGCACAAUCGUAGGUAUUAAUCCAUGGGUCACGAACAGGAACGAAUCAGUCUUUCCGGAUCCUGACGAAUUCAAACCUGAGAGAUGGCUAGAAGCGACCGAAAGUCAAAUGAAACAAAUGGACGACAUCUUUGAGCUGAACUUUGGAGGUGGCAGCCGAAAAUGUAUAGGUCGAAAUAUCAGUAUGAUUGAGAUGCAGAAAGUUCUUCCAGAAUUGUUGAGACGAUACACAGUCACAUUGACGCAUCCGGACAAGGACUGGCGUAUCUGUAAUCAUUGGUUUGUGCAACAAGAAGGCGUAAUCUGCAACUUGACGAGGAGGUGA